GAAGGCGUUUUAAAGUAGAAUUUCAUUCAUUCGAGAACAAAUACAUUUUUCUCAACAGAAAGCAUAUUUUACUUUAUACAAGAUUUAUGUUCCUCUACUUAGCUUGAAAUACAAUUGGAGAUUUAUUCUCUCAAACUCUUGCUGUAUUAAUUUAGCUCUGAAAUAUUACUUUCAUGUUAAAGAUUUUACUCAUUUCGAAAUGGGUUCCUGGCGAACAUUUUUCGAAGGAUUUUUAUCGACAGGAUUUCAAGAAUGGUUUAUCAAGUACCUACACGCGUUUUAAACCUGUCACAGAUUGUAUGUUCAUCACAGCAGAUCCAGGAUCUUUUAUAUACAGUUCGAAAACUGACAGCGAUGAGGUUUGCGGAAUUUACUUCCUAGCUGGGCCGGAUCAAAAGAUAGAAAUCAACUUCCUCACGUUCGACGUGCCCUGUGAACACCGUGGUUUGAUUUCGGUCGUCGAUGGCUGGGAAUUAAACGGUGAAGUGUUUCCCAGUGAAAUGGACCAUCGAUUGCCGCUGAAACAGAGGAUCAGCGAAUUCUGUGGUAAAAAUAUCGGCGUGAAGAGGAGCUUCACAAGUUCACAGAACGCCGCGGUUAUCCGAUAUAGAAUACCCAAGCCUGGAAAGGGAUUUACGCUGUUCGCUAGAUUUUUAAAAAAUCCCAGACCGUGCAACGUUUUGGCAGCGAGCUUGAGCGAGCCGUACACGCUGCGUAAUUAUGGGCGGCGUGUUAAUUGCACCUACGUCGCGCUUUACCCGGGCACGGUGCAAGUGAUCGCGCUUGGCGUUGGAGUUUCGAAUUUCCUCGGUUCCUCUCGCACCGCUGAAACUGGAACUCUACGAAAAUGCGACGAAACCAGUCCCCAAGAUCAAGUGAUAAUUGGAGGCAGCGAUGGCCUGGACACUUCCGAAGUUCGGGUAGUUGAUUCUAUUUGCGGGAUAGAUUCUAAGCCAGAUUAUCACGAGGUGGUGAAGUACGGCGUAACUUCUGUUCGGCUAAUAUCCAGUGGCUUCUUUGAAAAUUCCGUAACAGUGGAGGUUCUACCGCUGAAGAACGAGUUACUAGACGCGAAUUUCAGCAUCUAAUCUCAGCGGUAUAUCUCGUAAAACGAGCCUCGUUAUGUUCGUCGAUGCUUAAACCGAUUUGAAACAUCAUCGUCAAUAUGUUUAUUAUCGAUCAGAGUUCCCUCAAAAUUCUAGGCGUCUUCCGAAAACUUUUACAUCACUGAAUUCGUUACUCAUUGAUAUUCCAUUUUCUGUAGUGUUUGUAAAGAUACUUAGGCCUUUGUUACAUAUUAUAUUUAUAGUGUUUAGUUAGAAUUAGGUACGAACGGAUGUGUUUUAUUGUGAACUAUCAUUUUUUCAUUAAGAACGCAGAAGCCCUGCGUUGGCGAGGGAAGUUGUUCAGAUGUUAAAUUAAUUUUUAAAAGAAAUGAAUGGUCAGAAAUUGUAGUGUUUACAGCGUCGAAGAUACCGUAAUAGCUUUCUUCCUGCAAUUGUUAUUGGUUUCUUCUUUUCUUUACAGAUAAUAUGAAUAAAACGCAUGUAGAAAUUUUUAAUCAUUUUAAUACUUUACACUUGGAUAACUUCCCUUACGAGAGUAAAAGGAAAAAUAUGUUAGAAUAUAUUUUAAUUAAUCCCGAAAUAAUUGAUGAUUUGAUAUGUCGUGCGAUUUGUGAUAAGUGGAUUUAAAUACUUGUUGAGUGUGUAGAUCAAUCUUAGCGGCUUAGAAGCACAUAACGAA